UAUGAGUGUGGGAAUAAUUUUGGCAACAAGCCACUCUCCACUAACACUGAGAGAACUCACAAAGGACAAACAACCUUUGAGUUUAAUGAGGGAGGGAAAGUAUUCAAGAAACCAAAUCUCUCUCAACAUCGGCAAACACACACGGAAAAGAAAACUUCUGAAAAUAGUCAGUAUGGGAAAUCUUUUUGGCCUGUGUCAGUUCUUCCUAAACAUCAGCAAACAUGCAUAGGAGAAAAACUCUAUGAAUGUAGUGAAUGUGGAAAAACCCUCAGCCACAAGUCAUCUCUCAAAGUACAUAAUAAGAUACACAGGGAGAAACCUUAUGAAUGUACUGAUUGUGGGGAAACUUUCACAAAUAGGUCAGGCCUCACAGUUCAUCAGAGGAUACACACAGGGCAGAAACCCUAUGAAUGCAUUGAAUGUAGAAAAACCUUUAGAUAUAGGUCAUGCCUCACAGGACAUCAGAGAACACACAAAAGGGAGAAACCCUAUGAAUGUAAUGAAUGUGGAAAAACUUUUCUCUACAAUUCAUUCCUCAUGGUACAUCAAAGGAUACACACAGGUAUAAGACCCUAUGAAUGCAAUGAAUGUGGGAAAACAUUCUCCAAAAAGCCAAGCUUCAUUUAUCAUCAGAGAACUCAUACUGGGGAGAAACCCUAUGAAUGUAAUGAAUGUGGGAAAUCCUUCUCUGUGAAGUCAAAACUUAGUGUUCAUUAGAGAACUCAAAUGGGGGAAAACCAUGAGUGUAGUGAAUGUGGAAAAACCUUCUUCCAGAAGUCAUCUCUCAUAGUACAUCAGAGAAUACACACAGGGGAGAAACCUUAUGAAUGUAAUGAAUGUGGGAGAAGUUUUUCCCAGAAGUCAUCCCUUACUGUACAUCAGAAAUCACACAAAGAGGAGAAACCAUUUGAGUGUAUUCAAUGCAGGAAAACAUUUUAUCAGAAAUCACCUCUCACUAAACAUCAAAGAACUCACAGAGGGGAGAAACUUCAUAAAUAUAAGAAUGCAGUAAGACUUUCUAUCACAAGUCAUCCCUUACAGUACAUCAGAGAACUCACACAGGGGAGAAACCCUACAAAUGUAAUAAAUGUGGGGAAACCUUCUACCCUAGGUCAUCUCUCACAGCACAUCAGAAAACACAUACAAGGCAGAAAUCCUGUGAAUCUACAAAUGUGGGAAAACCUUUUAUCAGAAUUGAGAGUUCACUAAUCAAAGCAAUUACACAGAGAAGAAA